AUGGCCAGUCCACCCCUGGUCGACAUUCAAACUCCUCCCAGGAUCCUGCCCGCUUCAAGCUGCAGCAGAAUUGCAGCCUGGGUGCGAUGUUCCUGCUACAGCGUGGGCAGACCAUCACCGUCUCUGGAGUGGUGGUUGGAUGGGAAACUGUUGUCGGGUUCUGAAGACGUGUCUGUUAGCCAUGUCAACCUGGAGAACGCCACGUUGAGGAGCUCCAUCACAAUGAGGGCCCCUGCUGGUCCGACAGCCUUGACCUGCCACAGCUCCAACGCUGCCGGGAACACCAGCCAGGAGCUUCCUGUCCCCCACCAGGAUAUACAGCAAUACCUGACAGACUUGGUGCUGUGCAUUGUCAAAUCUGCUGUGAUGCUCGUGGGCUUAGUGUGCGUGGUCGUCUGUAUUAUAAGAACUCGGAAAGUGAGUGAGGAGACGCGGUCCUUUAACGCUGCCACUGUGAAGCGAGCCCCCCCAGACGAGGAGGAGUCCCAGGUCAUCUUCGGAAGUGAGGAGGACGACUACAUUAACAGCGGGAUGCAGAUGAACCCGGUUGGGCCGAGAGAGGAGCCGGUUGGACCGAGAGAGGAGGCUGUUCUGAGAGCCGGUUCCCCAGUCUCAACGCACCGUGAUGCAGCCUCCUCCCGCCGGAUAGGCCCUGCAGGCUCCCACCCAGGACGACCGGUCUCUAGGGAGCUGACUGAAGAUACUCAGUAAACAGUUCAUGAUGACCAAGUAUUUCCUCCAGGUAGAAAUUUUAAAAAGUUAGUAUGCAGCUUUCUUUUAAUAAGUUGAUAGCCAUCUGUGUCAGUGGCAGCCUGCCCUAUAUGCUGAAUAUGCAGUUGUGUGGACCAGCUAAGCCAGUUCACAAAAGUUAAUUAAUUCUCUAAUUCAAGAUCCAUUCUGAAGGGGUUAUGUUGCCCUCUGGUGGUGAUUUGCAUUCACAGUCCAGGUAGAGAAUUGUAGUUGUCUGUAUUAGUGAAUUUUAACGCAAUAUAUAUUGUUUCUUACAUUGUGUAAAACAUGACAGCAAAUCUAUUGAAAUUAAUCAAUGUAUUAAUUGUAAUUCCAGCCUUUUGGCCAAAUAAACAUUGGUCAAGUUUCUACAAGGUUUUAUAGCAAUGUCUAAUGUUGAUGUGUAGCCAUCUCUUUUAAACAAUUGCAGUCUUCAGUUGUUGUUUUUUAAGUCACAGUUUUCAGCUCAAGGCAAGGAGCGGCCCC